UCCUCCCUCCUUCCUGGUCAUCCAUGGAGGAUUCCUCAGAUACGACCAGCUGCACAGCUCCUGCAUUCCCCUCCCCCUAAUCCUCCCUCUCCACCAAUCGCACCCUCCCUUUUCCCCAUUUCCCAAUCCCGAAUCGCAAAUCAAAAGGGAGAUAUUUCAGCUCUAAUCGUCAUCAUCUCCUCACCCCAUUGGAAGCCGCCUCCCCCCGCAAAAUUCCUAUAAAAAAUGGGUGGAGCCAUCACCCACGCCGCCAAGAUCCUGUCCUCUUGCGCGGCCAGCUCGUAGCUCCACGCCGGAUUAGAUAAAGCGCCCAAUCUUUUCCCCAGCUCGCCCCCCUUUUCUUUUGGCAGGGUUGCAUCUUCCUCCAUGUGACACCUGAGAAAGUGAGAGCACAGAUUUCACCCCCUUAUCGCUGUUGUUUCUCGUUUCUUUUCAUUUCUGCUUGCUGGUUCGUCGUACAUAAACCUCCCAUAAAGCUUCGUUUCUCGGCUCUCGAUCUCAUCGGAAGGGUUCGUUUGCUUUCCCCGCUCCAAGAUCCCCAGCUUCCCCUGUUCUUUCGUCGCCAAUCCGCAGAAAUCCCUGGGCGAGGCGCAGAAAUUUGUAGCGAGGGAUUUUCCGAGGUGAAUUUCUUUCCCCUUUGACCGUUUCUUGAUCGCCGUGUCCCCAAAUUUAUCACUUUUUUCGGCUUCUUGAUACAAGAAGAGAUUUCCUUCCGUGCUGCGGCGGCCUCCGUACAGUUCUUGAUUGGGGGGGAGCACACCUGUGGCGCGCCAAUGCAGCCGGACCCGAGCGGGAACGCCAAUGCCAAGGCGAAGCAGCCGCAGCCGGUGCCGGUGACGGCGCCGGCGCCGUCGUCGGGGCGGCCGGCGUCCGUGCUGCCGUACAAGACGGCGAACGUGCGGGACCACUACCGCAUCGGCAAGAAGCUGGGGCAGGGGCAGUUCGGCACCACCUACCAGUGCGUGGGCAAGGCCGACGGCGCCGAGUACGCCUGCAAGUCCAUCCCCAAGCGCAAGCUCCUAUGCCGGGAGGACUAUGAGGACGUCUACCGUGAGAUCCAGAUCAUGCACCACCUCUCCGAGCACCCCAACGUCGUCCGCAUCCGCGGCGCCUAUGAGGACGCGCUCUUCGUUCACAUCGUCAUGGAGCUCUGCGCUGGUGGUGAGCUAUUCGACCGCAUCGUUGCCAAGGGUCACUACAGCGAGCGCGCAGCCGCCAAGCUCAUCAAGACGAUAGUUGGGGUCCUGGAGGGGUGCCACUCGCUCGGCGUCAUGCACCGGGACCUCAAACCAGAGAACUUCCUCUUUGCCAGCACCGCGGAGGAAGCCCCACUCAAGGCCACUGACUUUGGGCUCUCCAUGUUCUACAAGCCUGGUGACAAAUUCAGUGAUGUUGUUGGAAGCCCCUACUAUGUCGCACCAGAGGUACUACAGAAAUGCUAUGGUCCAGAAGCUGAUGUGUGGAGCGCAGGGGUCAUCCUGUACAUUUUGCUUUGUGGUGUCCCCCCAUUUUGGGCAGAAACUGAAGCGGGAAUCUUCAGGCAGAUUCUGCGAGGCAAACUUGAUUUUGAAUCUGAACCCUGGCCAAGUAUCUCUGAUAGUGCUAAGGAUCUGGUUCGUAAUAUGCUUACUCGGGAUCCUAAGAAGAGAUUUAGUGCUCAUGAGGUUCUUUGUCACCCAUGGAUUGUUGAUGAUGCCGUGGCACCUGAUAAGCCUAUUGAUUCUGCUGUUUUGUCAAGGCUGAAGCAUUUUUCGGCAAUGAACAAGCUCAAGAAGAUGGCAUUGAGGGUUAUUGCUGAAAGCCUGUCUGAGGAAGAGAUUGGAGGCCUCAAGGAGCUGUUUAAAAUGAUUGAUACAGACAAUAGUGGUACUAUUACAUUUGAUGAGCUGAAAGAUGGCUUGAAAAGGGUAGGCUCAGAAUUGACAGAGAAUGAAAUCCAGCUCUAAUGGAAAGCAGUAAGUNNUGACAACAGCGGAACCAUCGACUAUGGUGAAUAUGCAGCUACGUUGCACAUGAAUAAGCUGGAGAGGGAGGAAAACUUGGUUUCAGCAUUCUCAUUUUUCGACAAAGAUGGAAGUGGCUUUAUAACCAUUGAUGAGCUGUCACAAGCAUGCCGUGAAUUUGGUCUUGAUGAUGUUCACCUUGAGGAUAUGAUUAAAGAUGUUGACCAGAACAAUGAUGGACAAAUCGACUACAGCGAGUUUACAGCAAUGAUGAGGAAGGGCAAUGCUGGUGCAGCAGGAAGGAGAACCAUGAGGAACAGCUUGCACUUGAAUCUUGGCGAGCUCCUGAACCCCAGCAAAACCUAGUUAGUGCAUAACAGAAGGCCUUGCCGCUACAUUCUCAUGGCGUCUGAAGUUUUGGAUGCGUUGUUGAUCAGCUGGUCUCAUAUGAGAUGUUGAGUGGUUGUCCUGUGGUAUUACUGAGGUGCUGGAGAAUUUUCGUAGUACUGGUGGUAUCGGCUAGAGAAGAGAGGUGCUACCCUGUGGUUACUAUGAUCAACUGCUUAUAUGUAUUCCUGUCGAUGUAGAUUGAACGUUGUCGAAAAUAUUCCCUAGAAGUACAACUUUGCUGUUAAGUGUCAAUUUAGGUUGAUAUUCAAUGGCACUCUCAAGCUCUAAUUUCCUCACCCACCUCUAUUUUGUUUGCA